AUGUCUUCAAUCACGACCGCACAAGGCGCCGUUUUCGCAACCGCCAUGGCUGUCUCCGGCACCGUCAUCCUCCUCGCUCUCCGUCUCCAGAAGUCUCUCCCACCAACCCAAUUCUCGUCCCUUCACCAAAUUCCUCCUUCUCGCCCUCCGAUUCUACGAUCUUGUAUAUCCUCCGGCAGAAAGAAAGCGAAGAAAAAGAAGAAGAGAGUUCAUUUUGCGGAUGAUGUUAUGGAUACGUGCGGAGAUGGAGAAGAAUACAGAAAGCAGCAUUCUUUGAAGAUGAAUUCGAGAACAAAGGUUUCGAGGAACUGUAAUGGCGGAAAAGGAAUGCCGGCGAAUAGAGUUGCUUUGUAUAAUGGAAUUCUCAGAGAUCGCGUUAAUCAACGAUUGGCUUAUUGUUGA